AUGACACGUCUCGUACUUCUCCUAUUUGUUCCGGCACUGCUCGCCUUCGAUUCAUCAUUCAAUUACGGAUGCCAAAAUGGACAAUGUACCUUCCAACUUGUGGUUCCCAAGGAAGUGGCUCAAGCUAUCGAUGAACAAACCCUGAACAAUGAAGUUGCAACUAUUGCUUCAAGUCUCUCAAAAUUGGAUUCCACAAUUUUGAAAUUUAAUGACACCGGUGCAUGUGCCUUCACAAAAGGUUUUAAUGCGAACUUCACAGUGGUCAAUGCAACUGGUCAGAGCUUGAAUGAUAAUGUUCAAGUUGCUAGUAAUAAUGCAUCAGACCUACUUACCGCAUCAGCAAACGCCAACACAACCGCCACAUUGCUUUACAACUCAAUUUCUUGCUUCCAACAAAAUGUAAACUCCAGCUACACAUGCUUCUCACCUCCAAGCACUAUUGCUCCGUCUACCAUUGCUCCAUCCACAACUGCCAGCGAUGUCUCCACUGUAAACCCUGUGACUGACAACGGAAGUACCGUGUCUCAAGGAACUCAGCCGACUGGUGGAAGUACUGCUGCUCCAGUGAGUACUGAUGCACCAGGUUCUACUGUCUCUGGAGCAACCGAUGCAUCCGUUGCAUCCACAGCUGGUGGAGAUACUACUGCAAGUGGAGCUUCUGUGGUAUCAACCGCUGCUUCUUCCGAGGCCUCUACCGCCGCACCUGAAGCUUCUUCCGCUGCCGCUACUGUAAUCAGCGGCAAGCCAGUUUAGGAACUCUUAGAUUUCUCAGAACCACAUCCUGAUCGUCAGCUCGCAGAAUUUCAUGAUGUAAUAAAACCCCUUAAUGGAAUAAAUUCGAUGAGGCUGUGAUUCUGAAAAAUCGCCCAAUUUUAUUCAUUAUUGCGAAUAAACAUAUUUCAUUUC